AUGUCUCCUCAGCAGGACCUCGGGGCUACUCUCGCCAUCGUUUCCUUCGUGCUCGUCCUCGCUCGUCUUCCAACCUUAGGAAACAUCCACCAGCUCCCUACGAAACACCAACAUAGAACCUUAACAAAGUGGGCCGCAAAAUACGGUGAUGUAUUCUAUAUCCAAAUCUGCCACAAACCCGUCGUAUUGGUCAACACUCUGCAAGCGGCUCACGAUCUCAUGGAGAAAAGAAGCUCGUUAUAUUCUGAUCGACCAAGAACCGUUGUGUUCACCGAAUUAAUGGGCUUUGAGCCUACAACGUCGAUCCUGCCUUAUGGCAAUCAGUGGCGCUUGCAUCGCAAGUGGUUCCAGACUGCAUUCCGGACAAAAACCGCACAGUCGAGGCAUCGGCCCCUCCAGCUCAGGGCCGUCCGCCAUUUGCUAUCGGCGCUGCUAGACUCACCCGCCAAUUUUCGAAAUAAUGUCAAAAGAUUUGCAGGUGGCAUGAUGUUAGAAAUUGCUUAUGGGCACACUGCAACUAUGCUGCUACUCAUUGCCAAUAUUUCGGCCACAAUGGACAUUCGCAAGGCCCGUGAUGAAGCGGGCAAAGAAAUCAUACCUGAUUCGGCCUUCAUGGAUGGUGCUGUCUGGUGCGCUACGACGUACUGA